GCUCAUGGGCCGCCACCCCAGCCAAGGACCUUGAAUAAAAAGCCAGGGCACCCUGUCCUGCUUCCUCCUCCCCGGCCUGGACCAUGCUCCGGCUCCUCCCUGCUUUGGCGCUCCUAGGGGCGCUGGCUGCCCCCGCAGGGACCUCCGUGACGUGUCCAGCCUGCUCUUUGCCAGGAAACUGUAGAGAGGCCGUUUGUCCUCUGGCCCAGGACUCCUGCUUGUUCCGCCAGAUGCAGCUGGAGAAUGGGACUCUCAUCAAGAACGGGUCGUGUGUGGCCCCAUGGGAAUGCCCAGAAGGUGUCUACGCCCUGACCUAUGCCCCCAACUCGAGUCUCAGCACAGCCUGUUGUGACAACAACUGCAGCAGGGUUGCACCACCAGAGGAAGCCCAGCCCAACGGGGUGAAGUGUCACUACUGCUCUGGGAACAGGUCAGCCCCGUGUGACUCCCUGUCGGUCAUGAACUGCACCGGACACCAGACUGCGUGUGUCACCCUCAAAGGCACCUGGGAUCGAGGGGGCCCCCCAAUGCUCAAGGGCUGUGCCACGCCAGCGCUGUGCAACCUGCCCGUGAACAGCACCCUGGGUCCCGAAGCAUUUGGAUUCCAUCUCACAGCCCGGCCUGAAUGCUACCAUGAGGCUCCUCCCACCCAGCCAGGUACCCUAGCAACUUCGACCCACAGCAAGGCCAAGGCCACCACCUGUUUCACCUGCUCGGACAGCGACCAUUGCCACCCUUUCUCCUGCCCCGCAGAGAGGAGCUACUGCCUUCAGACGGCGGGCAUCCUGGCCUUAGGGGAAGGUGACUCUGUCGCCUGGAGAAAUGGUUCCUGCGUGGCCUCCGAGGACUGCAAAUUUGACAACCCCAUCUCUGCCCUGACCUACAGCAUCGGCUUUGGUUUCUGGGUCAACACCACCUGCUGCCAAGGCAGCUGCCCGGAGCCCACUCUUCCGGCGACACUGCCGGCCUCGCGCACCCUGAGCAAGUUCCUGUGCCCUACAUGUGCCGAGGGCCACCUGGGGCUCUGCAACUCCUCCUUGUACAUGCAGUGUCCCCGUGGGGAGACCACGUGUGUCCAGCUGGACCUGGUGUCUGAAGAAGGCGGCAGGAACCUGAGCGUGCGGGGCUGCGGCUCCCGCGACCUGUGCAGCGCCCCGCAGGGGACGGAGGGGCUCCGGGCGCUCCCCGGCCACCGGCUGGCCCGCAGGCCCGACUGCAGCUCCGGCAAACGCGCGGUCAUCGACUCCUCGAGCUCGUCCGGGACGCCGGGCCCCCGCCUGGCCCUGCCCGCGCUGGUGGCGCUGGUCGCCCGCGCCCUCGCCUAGCACCCCGCCCGGAGCCCCCGCUGGUUCCGCUCGUCGCUAGGGGGCACCCCGGCUCCCUCUGCCAGGACUUGCCAGGGGCCCAGAAGCUGGUGACUCGGUCAAGGGGCGAACCUCCUCCUUCGAGCCUGGGCUCCCCCGGGCCAUGCCUCCUCCCCCAUCCAGGUUCUUCCUCCAGGGGGCCCCCAACACCAGGCCACCCCCAGGCUGUCUGGGAAACAGCCCCUCCUCCUCUGCCUCCCUCUUUAGGGUCUAGCCAAGUCCUGGGCAGCCACGGUGGGGCUUGAGGACCCAGUACACCCCCUUUCCAGGCCUUCACAGCACCCUGCACCCCACCACGGCCCCUCUGUCUCGGCUCAGUGUCCGCUGUCGCAGACCUGAAUGAAUCUCAUCGCACAAGC